AUGCAUCACUUUGUGUUGGUCCUGAGUUUACUCACUUUCACAAGAGGAGUACACGGAGGGGACGUGUGUGUGUUGGGACACGACAGUGGACCUGUGUUUGAGGAACAGCCUAGCAGUGUCAUUUACCCAGAGGGGCUUUCAGAGGGGAAAGUGACCCUGAGCUGCAGAGCACGGGCCAGCCCUGCAGCAUCCUAUAGAUGGCUGGUGAAUGGCACAGAGGUACCUUUGGGUUUGGAUACUCGUUACACUCUGGUGGCUGGAAGUCUAGUGAUCAGUAGUCCUGAGCCAGGCCAGGACACGGGCUCAUACCAGUGUCUCGCCAUCAACCGAUGCGGCACUAUCAUCAGUCAGGCUGCCAACCUCAAAUUUGGCUACCUUCAUGACUUCUCCCCGGACAGCAGAAACCCACAGACUGCAUAUGAAGGACUGGGGCUGUUUAUGCCCUGCCAGCCUCCUCCACAUUACCCAGCUCUAUCCUAUCGCUGGUUCAUCAAUGAUUUUCCAAAUUUUAUCAAGAAGGAUGAUCCUCGCUGGUUUGUGUCCCAGGUCACAGGGAACUUGUAUGUGGCCAAGGCAGAAACUAAUGAUACUGGCAACUUCUUUUGUUUCACCACUGUUAACAUGGACGCCAGCACUAAAAGCACAUUCAGCAAGGCCAACCCACUCACUGUGGUGGCAGAUGCCAAUGCACGAAAGUCAGCUCCAAGUAUCAUAGUGCGUUUUCCAGCUGAUACUUACGCUUUGGCUGGACACACAGCACAAUUGGAGUGUUUUGCUUAUGGAAAUCCAGUGCCAAAGAUCAGAUGGAGAAAGGUGGAUAGCCUCUUGCCAUCUAAAACAAGCUCAAGCAAGGAUGGACCCUCACUCGUUCUCCCAGAUCUGUUGUUUGAUGAUGAGGGACUCUACGAAUGUGAGGCCUACAACUCUGAGGGCAGUGACAAAUAUCAGGGACGGAUCAAUGUGCAAGCUCAGCCUCAGUGGAUGCAGGUGAUGAGUGACUCGGAGGUGGAGAUCAGUUCAGAGCUACACUGGAGUUGUGUUGCUACGGGUAAACCACGUCCCACUGUUCACUGGCUUCGUAAUGGACAGCCUCUUGCAACACAGGAUCGAGUGGAAGUAAAUGGGCCUCAACUAAAAAUCAGUAACCUGGCUCUGGAAGACUCUGGAAUGUACCAGUGUGUUGCUGAGAACAAGCACGGCACAAUCUACUCCACCGCUGAGCUCAGAGUCCAAGUUCAGGUUCCAGACUUCAGGUCAAAUCCUGUGAAAAAGCUGAUCCCAGCAGCCAGAGGGGGCGAGGUGAUGAUCGAGUGUCGGCCUCGUGCUGCACCCAAGCCCAGCCUGUUCUGGAGCCGAGGGACUGAGCUCCUCAUCAACAGUACCAGAGUCACAGUAACGCCAGAUGGUGUUUUGCGGAUUUAUAAUAUCAGCAGAGCUGAUGAAGGGAAAUACACAUGUUUUGCUGAAAACUACCUGGGCAAAGCCAACAGCACUGGUCACCUCUCUGUAAGAGAUGCCACUAAGAUCACCCUGGCUCCGUCCAAUGCUGACAUAAACCAAGGUGAGAAUGUUACCAUGCAGUGCCAUGCUUCCCACGACCCCACAAUGGACCUGACCUUUACGUGGGCUCUCAACGGUGUCCCCUUGGAUCUGGAACAUCCCUCUGGGCCAUACUUCCGCAUGGAGGAGAAAGAGAACAUUGGUGAUUUAGUGAUAGUUAACACGCAGCUUAAUCAGGCGGGUGUGUAUACCUGCACUGCGCAGACAGUGGUGGACAGCGCAUCGUCAUCAGCUAAACUAGUGGUGCGAGGCCCGCCUGGACCACCUGGGGGGCUGCUCAUUCGAAAUGUGGCAGAAACAUCUGUUGAGCUGAGAUGGAGCAGAGGGUAUGACAACCACAGCCCCAUUGGCAAAUAUGUGAUUAUGGGCCGUUCCUCACUGACCUCUGAGUGGAAAAAGAUGAGAACAGAACCAACAAACAUUGAGGGGAAUGCAGAGUUUGCACAGGUCAUUGGAUUAAUACCAUGGAUGGACUAUCAAUUCCAGGUCAUUGCCAGCAACAUUCUGGGCAGUGGAGAGCCCAGUAUGCCCUCCAAAACCAUCCGCACCUUGCAAGCAGCCCCUACUGUAGCACCGAGUGGUCUCGGAGGAGGAGGUGGAGAUCGUGGUGAGCUGAUAAUUACCUGGACGUGCAUGGCCAGAGAAUAUCAAAAUGGUGAUGGGUUUGGGUAUAUCUUGGCUAUUAAGAAAAAAGAACCGUCCCCAUCAUGGGAGUUGGUGCGUGUUCCUGAUGUGGAGUCGUCCCGGUACGUCUAUGUCAACAGUGGCCAGGAGCCCUAUAGUCCUUUUGAUGUAAAGAUCAAGGCCUACAAUCGGCGUGGGGAGGGCCCUUUUAGUCAGAUUGCUGUGGUGUACUCUGCAGAGGAGGCUCCGACUGUAGGUCCUCAAAGCAUAAAUGCCACAGCACUGACAGCCUUUGAGAUCCUGGUUUCAUGGGAUCCAGUGCAGCAGCUCAGUGCCAAUGGAAUCCUCCGGGGAUAUGAGAUCCGAUACUGGAGGCAGCAUGAGCGUGAAGCAGCAGCAGACAGAGUGCGCAUUGCAGGACCAGAGUCAUUUGCCCGAGUGCCAGGCCUUAGACCCAGCACUCGCUACCAUGUAGCUGUCCUGGCAUACAACAAUGCAGGCACAGGCCCCCUAUCUCCUCGAACCACGGUCACCACCAGGAAACCACCACCUAACCGCCCUCCUGGAAAUGUUUCGUGGAAGACUCAAAGCUCAUCGUUGCUACUGACGUGGGAUCCAGUCAUUGCGAUGCACAACGAAUCUGCUGUGUUAGGAUACAAAGUUUUGCUAAAGCAUGAUGGCCAAACCACUCUGAAGGUCCUGGAUAAAACCAAGACUUCGGCCAGCCUGCCUCUGGUUAAAGAUUAUGGCUAUGUGGUGCUGGAGAUCCGCUCAUGGGGAGAUGGAGGUGAUGGCCCGGCUCAUGAGAUUAUUGUGUCUCAGGAAUCAGGAACAGGAAUGAUGGUGCAGAGUGGGGCACAGUCCACACUGAUAGUCCAGUGCAUUCAGAUGUUCGGAGGUCUGGCUCUGCUCACCAUUAUCAUAUGUUUGGGCCUGUGACUGCAUUCAAGUUAUCAGCCACCAGUAAACAAUAUAAUACUGUUUAUUUUAAUAUCAGGAUGGAGGAUAAUGCAAAACCAACAAAAAUGAUUCAAACAUUAACACAACUCUUAAAGGUUGUUUUAUAGCACUGCCCUAGUAUUUUUAGUGGUUAGAAAAAUACUUUUCUCAUUCAGUGUUUCAAUGUCACACUUAGCUACACUUCCCCAGCCUUUACCUUCAGAGAUGCCACUCCAACUUCAGCACAUCAGUGAGGUCAAUUAAACAGUAUUCACACUCAUUAUCUUGCCAGCUGGUCUUAAUUUUUUCUUGUGUCUGGGCUUCCCUGAGCUGCUGACCACUUGACCCAGGGCUUAUGGUUUAUUAGAGGACACAUUAAGUGAAGUUGUGAACCCAGUGUUGUAAACGAUCAUGUUCAAUUUCUGAAUUUUGAGUUUAAAUAGCUUUCCUGUUCACAAAACUUAAAUUGAUCAAAUGUCAUUUAGAUAAAUUCUACCUGCCAAUUUGAAACGUGGUUGCAAUGCUGUUGUUUUUGUCAGAAACAUUAAUAUUAUUAUAUUAAAAUAUUUGAAACUGAUUUCACCUUUAAUCCAAUCACUUUCAAUUUACAUGUCGCCUGUGUUUCAUUGAAAGUGUAAGUGCUGAGUUUCAGAUGAAAUCACAACAUUCUAUAGGCCAAUCAUAUUUAAUACAGAUGGGUAGUUAAAAUUCUGUUUUUUGAUGUAAUGUAGAGCGUGGUGAAGUCAGUAAUGCAAAUGUUCAUUUGUGAUUUUACCUUUUGCAUAUUUCAAAUAUUUGGAUUGCUGUUGGUCCAGUAGUUUCACUCUUGCACUUAAGUUUCUAAAUUACAAAUAAAAUAUCUCAACAAUUUUAGGUUCCUCAAAUGCAGAAGGGAACACUGAGAUAAUACAGCCUCAUACAUGCACAAUCUUAUUUAUUUAUUUAAAAAUGUAUUUAGAUAUUUUAUUUAUUUAAGUGUAUUCUUUUACUGUCCAAAAUCUAUCAAAAUGCCACUGAUGAAUGUAAUAUGUUUUUUUUUUAAAUUUUAGUUUGGAAUAUAUUGUGUUUUGAUGUGACUGAGAAGAAAGCACAAGUUGCAGCAACAAUGUGCAGUGUGUGUCCAAGCCUUAAGUUGAGUCAAAAACCAGAUUCCCUCAAAUGGAAACUCACGUGAUAAGCUUAAUGAAACAAAACUUGGUUCAAAUAUUCCAAACUGAUUAUUACAAAACAUCAAUAGCCAAAGAACAACAGAAUAUGUUUUGUUAUCUAAGACACACCAUUGUCUAUGAACCUGGCGCUGCCACCAAGCUGCCAGAACACUUGUCUGUUCAUGAAAUCUUUUCAAAGUAUUUGUCUUUUCUGGAUGUAAUAAUAGAGCUUGACUAUGAAGAACAAUUCUUCACAGUCACCAUUAGUUUAGUUUAUAGCUGUGGUUUUGAAUAUCUUAUUUUUUGCUAUGCACUAUUUUCAUUUUCUAGAUACAUUUGAUAAUAGUACUUUUCUCCCCAUUGCAGUAUUGAUGAGAUAUUACAUGUUUACUUCAUUGUGACAUUGCAGCUUCAAAAGUGAGCCUCUAAAGUGUAUUUUUGAGGACAGUAACCGCAGUCUUCACAUGAGCCAUUCCUGAUUGUUACUCACAGUUGAAUGCUAUGCUCAUCAAUCAUCUGAACUCUAGGAACACACUGCCUUUGGUCCAGGUAAUGGGUGAAAUGUAAGUCUGGAAUGAAUGUACUGUAAAAAUGAUUUCAAAUAAAACAUGGAAUGCUUUUGG